AUGAGAGUAGUUAGUGGCGUUGUACAUAGAUUUGAAAAAUUGAAGCCUAAGAUGAGCACUUACAUUCCCCGUUACUAUGACGUCGGUAUGAACUUCUCCGACGAUAUGUUCAGAGGUAUCUAUAGAGAUAAGCCAAAACAUCACAAUGAUAUGGAUGAGAUUCUUCAAAGAGCAAAGACUUUCCAUGUGGAAAAGAUGCUACUUACUGGUUCAUCUCUUAUGGAAUCACGCUGGACUUUGCAGCAAGCGCUGAAGUAUAAAGAAGAAGGCUUAGAGGAUGAUGAUGGCCUCAAGAUGUAUCCCCAAUUGGCAGCUACCGUUGGUGUACAUCCUUGCACUGUAAUGGAAUUUGAGGAUAAUCCUGAAUCUCAUCUGUCCCAAUUAAGGAAUUUGAUUACCGAGUACAGUCACACGGGACUUAUUAGAGCCAUUGGCGAAAUAGGCCUCGAUUAUGACCGUCUUAAUUAUGCACCUGCCGAUAAGCAACGUGUAUAUUUUGAGCUGCAAUUGAAGUUGGCUUGCGAGUUUGAUUUGCCCCUCUUUCUACAUAUGAGAAGUGCCUGCGACGACUUCUUAGAUAUUCUUAUCCCUUUCAUCGAUCACACUCGUGACGACGGACUGGAGCUUAAAAAUAAGAAUUGCUUGGUUCACUCAUUUUCGGGAACCUCCCAGGAUCUUGAUAGAAUCCUCCAGCAUAAAUCUCUUAGAGUAUCAGUCAAUGGAUGUUCUCUCAAAACUGAGGAGAAUUGUCGAGUGGCCAGUCAGAUUCCGUUGGAGAGACUAUUGCUAGAAACAGAUGCUCCAUGGUGCGAGAUUAAACGCACUCAUUGGUCAUAUCAGUACCUUACCAAAUGUCCCAGUACAUUCUAUCCUGUUGAUUAUAAUGCCGAGCCGUUGGGAAGAGAGCAGCCGGGAACUCUCCACGACUUUCUUAGAGUUCCAGUUCUGAAACCAGAGAAAUUGGAUCAAUUCUUUUUGAGAAAGCAGUACGCAUUUCCACCGUUAGUCAAGGGCAGAAAUGAACCCUGUAUGAUCGGCUUUGUUGCUCAGGUCAUGAGUAGGUUGAAGAAUUGUGAUCCAGACAAACUUAUAGAGGCCUGCUAUAAGAACAGCGAGGCACUAUUUGGGUAG